AUGUCGUUAGUGUGGCUAGAAGCGGCUCUGCCUCUGGAAAUCAUCGGAGGGAUGCUCUGCAUUAUGGGAAAACUCUCAGUACUACAUCCACAAAGCUUAUCAUGGCCCCGAAGCACAUCGGGCACGAUGAAUGGGACGUUGCUAUGGAGAGACGCGACAAGAAAGUCGUCCUCGGAGAAUCUAAUUGAUGAUUUCAAAAAAUUGAGACCUGAAUGA